UUCUCCACAAUAUCAAUGGCAGAAGUAACAAAGAGAUAUGCAGUGGUUACUGGUGGAAACAAGGGAAUUGGAUUGGAAAUAUGUAAGCAGGUGGCUUCAAAAGGAACCAUGGUUGUUUUAACAGCUAGAGAUGAGAAGAGGGGUCUUGAAGCUGUUGAAAAGCUGAAAGAUCUUGGCCUGUCUGGUAAUGUAGUUUUUCAUCAGCUUGAUGUUGCAGACCCUGCUAGUGUUGCUUCUUUGGUGGAUUUCGUCAAAACACAAUUCGGAAAGGUUGAUAUCUUGGUGAACAAUGCAGGGAUUGGUGGCGUCAAAGGUGAUUUUGAAGCUCUUAGAGCUGCAGCCUUUGGUAAGCCUGGUGCACAACCAAACUGGGGUAGUCUACUGACUCAAUCACCAGAGUUAUCCGAGCAAUGCCUUCAAACAAACUACUACGGCGCCAAAAGAGUGUGGUCACUUAUUCAGCUUCUCCAGCUAUCCAGUUCACCGAGAAUUGUAAAUGUUUCUUCCUCUAUUGGGAAGUUACAGAAUGUAUCGAACGAAUGGGCAAAAGCAGUCCUGAGCGAUGCUGGGAAUCUUACAGAAGACAAGGUGGAUGAGAUAUUGAGCCAGUAUAUGAAAGAUUUCAAGGAGGGUUCAUUGCAAGGGAAGGGUUGGCCUGCUUUUAUGUCAGCCUACAUACUGUCUAAAGCAGCCAUGAAUGCCUACACAAGGAUCCUCGCUAAGAAAUAUAUCAAUUUCAUCAUCAACUGUGUCUGCCCUGGCUUUGUGAAAACAGACAUAAACUUCAAUAGUGGGAUCAUAAGUGUUGAAGAAGGUGCAGAGAGUCCUGUGAGAUUAGCAUUGUUGCCUAAUAAUGGCCCUUCUGGUCUCUUCUUUGUUAGGAAAGAAGAGUCAGAAUUUUAAUCAAAGCUUGCUUGAUUCAAGUAAGUUAAGCUUGUGAAGAUGUGUUUUGAGUGUUGUGUGGUUGGCGUGUAAAGUUACAGAAAACUCUAAUAAAAGCAUUUGGAAGAAUAAGAGUUAUGAUAUUUGUAAAAUCAUAAUGUAAUCGACAUAGAUUGUAACCAGACAUGCAAUGAUCUAAUUGGCCAAAAUAUUUGUCAACAAUAUUAUUGUUCUUGUUGCAGUUUCAA